UCUGACUUCUUUUUUAUAAGCACAUUGACAUUUGACUUUUUUUUUUAUAAGCACAUUGACAUUUGACUUGUUCAAUAUAUAUACAUGAGUAUUGGCAAAAUUCCAAGUACACAGAAAGAAAAGAAAUACAUCAAAUAAUGGGAACCCAACAAACACCACCCAGAUCUAUUGAUGAAGAAUUAAAAAGGCAGAAAGCAAUUGAUGAUUGGCUUCCAAUUAGUUCUUCAAGAAAUGCAAAAUGGUGGUACUCUGCUUUUCAUAAUGUCACAGCCAUGGUUGGUGCUGGUGUUCUUAGUCUCCCUUAUGCCAUGUCUCAACUUGGAUGGGGUCCUGGGGUGACAAUACUAGUCCUCUCAUGGUUCAUCACACUCUACACUCUAUGGCAAAUGGUCGAGAUGCAUGAAAUGGUUCCAGGAAAACGCUUUGAUAGAUAUCAUGAACUGGGUCAAUAUGCUUUCGGUGAAAAGUUGGGCCUUUAUAUUGUGGUUCCACAACAACUUAUCGUUGAAGUUGGGGUUAACAUUGUAUACAUGGUGACCGGAGGAAAAUCUUUGCAGAAGUUUCAUGAUACUGUGUGUCACGACUGUAAAAAGAUUAAGUUAACAUUUUUCAUUAUGAUUUUUGCCUCAGUUCACUUUGUCUUGUCUCAUCUACCCAACUUGAACUCUAUUUCUGGUGUGUCUUUGGCCGCUGCAGUCAUGUCAUUGAGUUACUCUACAAUUGCUUGGUCAGCUUCUGCACAUAAAGGUGUUAUAGAAAAUGUUGAAUAUGGUUACAGAGCUACGACUAAACCAGGAACCGUGUUUGGCUUCUUCAAUGCCCUUGGUGAUGUGGCUUUUGCAUAUGCCGGACACAAUGUAGUGCUAGAAAUUCAAGCAACAAUUCCAUCUACGCCAGAAAAUCCCUCCAAAGGUCCUAUGUGGAGAGGAGUGAUUGUUGCCUACAUAGUUGUGGCUUUGUGCUACUUUCCGGUUGCUCUAAUCGGUUAUUGGAUGUUUGGUAAUACCGUUCAAGACAACAUACUCGUCACCUUAGAGAAACCAAAAUGGCUUAUUGCAAUGGCAAACAUGUUUGUUGUUAUCCAUGUUAUCGGAAGUUAUCAGAUUUAUGCAAUGCCAGUGUUUGACAUGAUUGAAACUGUGAUGGUGAAAAAGUUAAAUUUCAAACCUAGCACAAUACUUCGAUUUAUAGUACGAAAUGUGUAUGUUGCAUUUACAAUGUUUAUUGCUAUUACCUUUCCGUUUUUUGGUGGUCUACUUGGAUUUUUUGGAGGAUUUGCUUUUGCUCCAACAACAUACUUCCUACCAUGCAUCAUGUGGCUAGCAAUCUACAAACCAAGAAGAUUCAGCUUGUCUUGGUGUUGUAACUAUGUUUGCAUUGCCCUUGGCCUAUGUUUGAUGAUUUUAUCACCAAUUGGAGGAUUGAGGACAAUCAUACUUAAUGCCAAGACUUAUAAGUUCUAUUCUUAAAUCCAUUCAUUCUCCAAAUAAACAAUGAUGACAAAGGCAGAAAAGGAAUCAAAUUCUAUGAAAUAACUUGGUUAUCAUUUUAUGAAAAUUACAUGUAUUUUCUUUGAAUCCUCCCCAAUAUGGAUAUUAGUAGAGAAAAAUAAGCACAACAAAUUAAAAGGGGUUUAAUAGUCUUUUUUUUCUUUAAUUCUCAAUAUAUACUAAUUUCUUAUGUGUUGGUCCACAUGAUUGUUAUAAUUACAUAUAUUCUAAAACUUUAGUCAA